AUGUCUCCAGUCGCGGCGCUAGUAGCCGAGCAGGAAAGGCGGGAAGCGGAGUUCCGUAUGGCGCAUGUCAGAGUUAAGGAGCGAUCCGAGGACAUCCUUUUCUCGCACGGGGAGGACGCCGAGGCACGCCAGCUUAGCGCUGAGCUGGCAGCCGUCCUGGCCAAUCAGGAGAAGUUGGAGCCGACAGGGCUGAUGGUGCUGAGACCUGGAAGCAACGGCAGGAGAGCUGACGGGGAAGCAGCCGGGGAAGCAGCCAGGGAAGCUGACAGGAUCCUGCAGUACUCCAUUCACUCUGUCCCGCCCGAGCUACGCUCCUUGGUAGCCCAGAUGCCUCUCCAGUCGACUCAGACAUCACAUCCUACCAGGGAAGCCCCAGAGGGACAGCAGCUGCAUGCCUCCCCUCCCAUGCACCCAAUCCUGCAGUAUUCCAUUCACUCUGUCCCGCCCGAGCUACGCUCCCUGGUUGGGACCCUGCUGCCACAACCCGGAGACGGAUGGGGAAAGGGGGCAAAGAGGAGGGCAGCUGCACGUGUGGGCGAGGCAUGGGGCAUGAGUGUAGAGGAUGUGAUAGUAGGGGAUAUGGGGAUGGAAGGUGUGGAAAUCGAAGAAGUGAGGGUGGAGGAUGUGAGAACGGAGGAGGUGAGAGUAGAGGAUGUGACUGUAAAGUAUAGGGGGUUGGAAGGUGCGAAGAGCGAGGAGGUGAGAGUAGAGGAUGUGAAGAUAGUGGUGACGUUUCAGUGCAGCGAUGUGCCUCUCUGGCCUAUCCACAACAAUACCUCCUCCUCUGCUGCUGCUGCUUCUGCUGCUGCUGCUGCUGCUGCUGCUGCUGCUGCUGCUGCUGCUGCUGCUGCUGCUGCUGCUGCUGCUGCUGCUGCUGCUGCUGCUGCUGCUGCUGCUGUGACAGAAGUUGCAACUGCAGAUGGCGCCUCAGCACAUGCAGGUGUGAGUCCAGCAGACUCAGCCAUAGCAACGCAGGCAGAUGUGAGCAGGGCAAUGAACCGGCUGCUCUUCAACUUCCGCCUCUUCCAGCAGCAGCUCUGCGAGCACAUCUGGGCGGCCGGCCACUGGGCUGACGCUGUCGACCCCCUCACUGGCUACCUCAUGCACUCUGCUCCUGGCAGUGGUGGCAGCAGCAGCGGUCGUGCUAUAUCUGGUGACAGUAACGGUGGUGGUUGUGGAAGUGGUGGGAGUGGUGAAAAUGGGGGGGGUGGCAGCAGGUGGCCAUUCCCUGCGCCUAUUAAGUACAACGAAGUAGAUAUUGCUCAGAUCCUCCUCGGCUACCCUGUCGCUCCCACUGCCACGGCCAGUGAAGCUUCAGUAGCGUCAGUGGGCACUACUGUGCCUCCCACUGCUGCUGCUGCAGCGUCCGCAGCAGCAGUGGCAGCAGCACAACCAGCAGCACCACCACCACCACCGACAGCACCAGGACUACCGCCCAUGCCCACAUGUCCCCUUGUUCUCCACCCUUCCUUUGGCACACACACCUACCCAGCCUCUCUCCUCACCACCGCCCCUCUCCCGCUCCUCCAAUCCGCCAUCCGCCACGUGGCAGGCUCUGGCUGGCGCCUGCCAGGCUGGCAGGAGGAACCUGGGGUGCUGGUGGUGGGGCAGGGGAUGGGGGAUGAGAAGAGGGGAGGUGUGACAGCAGCGGGGAAUGGGGAGGAGGGAAUUUGUGAGGAAACAAGCCCCUUCUUGCGCCCUCCCCCUGCCUGGCUGCUCAAGUCAUGUACCCGAUGCAAACUGGAUGUAUUCACGGGGAAGAACGUUGUGAGAGACACGCUUGUUCUAUGCUCUUGUGGAGGGGGAGAGGCAGGAGAGACGAGAGGCUAA